UGGAGAUCUAGAGAACCCCAAACUGGCCUCUUUGGUAUCUGGAGCCUCUGAUUCUGAGCCUGAUUCCGCAAUCUACAGGCCACAGAUGGUGUCUCCAGUGGGCGAAGAUGCCACAGAAGAAUCGCAGAGUGCAGCCGGUAUCUUGGAGGCUCAGGCCUUGGUGGAAGAGGAAGUGCCACCCGCAGACCAGGACCAGGUCCUCAACAAGAUGGCCCAGUAUCACGUAAUCCAGAGAGCCGGGGACAUCGUUAUGAUCCAGUCUGAGCACACGGGAACCAUCGACAUUCUCACCACUGAUUUGGAAUCUGCAAAUCUUCUGGGUGACCACAGGAAAAUGGCUCCACCUCUGAUGGUACCUCCGUGCAUCUGGACCUUUGCCAAGAUGAAGGAAUUCAAAAACAAGCUGACCAGGGAGAAAGGCAACCGCCUGGUGGUGAAACGGGGUGAGGUGGUGACCAUCCGGGUGCCCACCCAUCCAGACGGGAAGCGUGUCUGCUGGGAAUUUGCCACCGAUGACUAUGACAUCGGCUUCGGAGUCUAUUUUGACUGGACCCCUGUGACAACCACUGACAUAACUGUACAGGUCAGUGAUUCCAGUGAGGAGGAGGAUGAAGAUGAAGAGGAGGCAGAGCUUGAAGACACUGUCCCGGUUGGUGACGUGGAGAGAGGCUCCCGGAGUUCCCUGCGGAGCCGCUAUGGGGAGGUGAUGCCCGUGUACCGGCGCGACAGCCACCGAAAUGUGCAGGCUGGCAGCCACGACUACCCUGGCGAGGGCAUCUACCUGCUGAAGUUUGAUAAUUCCUACUCUCUGCUGCGUAACAAGACGCUCUACUUUCAUAUCUACUUCACAAGCUGAGGCACGGCUCUUUGCUGGCCAGAGCAGGCUGCCAGCUGGUGUCUCUUGCUUUGAAUCAGCAGGAGCUAAGAAGGAAGCGUGAGGCCCUCAAGCCCUGCCUGGCAUGCCUGACUGUUGACCCCAUGUAGCUUUUCCCCCUUCUUGGCUUCUGCAGGUGGUGGUAUAGUGCCCGUCUUUUGUGGUUCCCUGACUCAUGCUCUUCUCGCUUCAGAUUCCAUCCAAAUAUUUCUGCAAAGGAACCCAUCAGGCAAAAGCCUCCCCAGAGGUGGGGUGCCAUCGCUUUGACAUAAGUUUGUUUUGGCACAAGGUAUAUUAUUCCGAUCACCGCUCUCUCUUCUCCCAGAGCCUUUUAUUGCAGAUGCGUGUAGUAGCACCCGCUCCUUUCACUCUCUGAAAGUGCCAGAAGAGGGAAAAGCACAUUGUCCGUGAAGGAACCACGUUUCCUGGGCAGAGACAGCUCUGCCCAGCCUCUCACCACUGCCAUGUUCCUGCCUGCUGGUUCUUCAUGGUGUCCAGCACAGGCUGGGAGCCCUCACUGCCUUCAAAGGGGUGUGCUUUAGCCCUCAUGGUUGGACUCAUCCUCUUCCUGCUUUAUCCCCUCCCCAGUUCUGUGUCUGCCAUUACAGCAAGAACACCCAUUGCUGUCUCGAGUGGUGACCAGUGUGUGUGAAGACCCUCUCAGAAGAAAACUGCCCCGUCACUUCCUCUUUCAUUUUAGUUUUAGUGGGAGGCACACCCAGCGGUGCUUGGGGGCUACUCCCCACCCUGUGGUUGGGGGUUCCCAGCUGUGUGUGGAGUACCACGUGGUGUGGGGGACCAAACCCCACAGGCCACAUGCAAGGCAAAUGCCUUAAGCCCUGUACUAUCUCUCCACCCCCUCACUUCCUCUUCUAAGAGGUAUCUUUCCCUUAGGCAUAGGCUAGAUCUCAGAGCCACAUCUUUGAAAGUCAGGUGUUACUAAGUUAUUAUUUUAUUAUUAUUAUUAUUAUUAUUAUCAUUUUUGCAGCAUUUAAGCGGGAGGUAUAUAAUCUGGAAAAAAAGGUUUGAAAACUCAAAUAAGCACUCCAGGGUCUCUACCAUUAAUUUUUUGUUAAUUUUGCUUUAGAGCAGAGCCUUAUUGAAACUGCUUUGGAGUCAAUCUAAUUUCCAA